UCAGGUCACGAAAGCUGCGAACACACGCAGAGGUCGUUUCUGGGCGUCGAUGAUCUCGUCCUCUAUGUGGGAGAUCUGGUCCUGCAGCAGCUGUUCCAGCUCCACCUCGUCGAGAUUGAGGUCGCCCAGCUGUUUAUUGAGGCCGGUCUUCAGAUACUGCCCGACGCGCACCCGCUGGCCAAGAUCUUCCAGGUCACCCAAGCUAAAGACGUCCGGUAGGUUGCCGGUGUCGACGCCAGACCAGUCGAAAUUGGCCUUCUUGAAUUUGAAGGCGUUGCGGGUUCUCCUCAUGGUGGGGAAAAGCCACGCCGCUGACGACGGAAAGGGAUGGGAAAAGGGGUGGCUACGGGGAGGCCGGGAUGGCUGCGGUGGAUGCGACCUUCAAAACCAAAACAUCAUCAACACCACAAUGCGCGUCCACACGCUGACGUGGACGCGCCAUCAACGCGAGCCCGGCAUCUGGACGUUGGCAUCUGGGCCAAGGAUCGCCCGGCGGCUCGCACUCGCGAGCAGGCUGCGAGUGCGAGAGGGAGCCCUCACCGCUCACGCUCCGCUCGGGGGAUCCUACGCCACCGGACGAAACGUCCUCAAGGCUCCGAGUACCCAGACAGCUCCGGGAUGCGAGCUUUCUCUCACGCGUGGUACACAUGUCAGGCAAGGAGAAGCUCUUCAAAGCCGCCGAGACCUUCAUCCAGAGCCGGAGGGAGGGCGAGAAGCGACUGCUCAUGGGGCUGGAUUGGACGAACGCCUUCAACG